AUCCAUGUGGGAACAUCUCUGAUCCAUGUGGGAACAUCUCUGAUCCAUGUGGGAACAUCUCUGAUCCACGUGGGAACAUCUCUGAUCCACGUGGGAACAUCAUAUCUAUGUGGGAACAUCAUAUCUAUGUGGGAAUACAUCAGAUCCAUGUGGGAACAUCUCUGAUCCACCUGGGAACAUCUCUGAUCCACCUGGGAACAUCUCUGAUCCACGUGGGAACAUAUCUGAUCCACGUGGGAACAUCUCUGAUCCAUGUGGGAACAUAUCUGAUCCACGUGAGAACAUCUCUGAUCCACGUGGGAACAUCUCUGAUCCACGUGGGAACAUCUCUGAUCCAUGUGGGAACAUCAGAUCUAUGUGGGAAUACAUCAGAUCCAUGUGGGAACAUCUCUGAUCCACGUGGGAACAUCUCUGAUCCACAUGGGAACAUCUCUGAUCCACAUGGGAACAUCUCUGAUCCAUGUGGGAACAUCUCUGAUCCAUGUGGGAACAUCUCUGAUCCAUGUGGGAACAUCUCUGAUCCAUGUGGGAAUAUAUCUGAUCCAUGUGGGAACAUCUCUGAUCCAUGUGGGAACAUCAUAUCUAUGUGGGAACAUCAUAUCUAUGUGGGAAUACAUCAGAUCCAUGUGGGAACAUAUCUGAUCCACCUGGGAACAUCUCUGAUCCACGUCGGAACAUCUCUGAUCCACGUCGGAACAUCUCUGAUCCACGUCGGAACAUCUCUGAUCCAUGUGGGAACAUCUCUGAUCCAUGUGGGAACAUCUCUGAUCCAUGUGGGAACAUCUCUGAUCCAUGUGGGAACAUCUCUGAUCCACGUGGGAACAUCUCUGAUCCACGUGGGAACAUCUCUGAUCCACGUGGGAACAUAUCUGAUCCACGUGGGAACAUCUCUGAUCCAUGUGGGAACAUAUCUGAUCCACGUGAGAACAUCUCUGAUCCACGUGGGAACAUCUCUGAUCCACGUGGGAACAUCUCUGAUCCAUGUGGGAACAUCAGAUCUAUGUGGGAAUACAUCAGAUCCAUGUGGGAACAUCUCUGAUCCACGUGGGAACAUCUCUGAUCCACAUGGGAACAUCUCUGAUCCAUGUGGGAACAUCUCUGAUCCAUGUGGGAACAUCUCUGAUCCACGUGGGAACAUCAGAUCUAUGUGGGAACACCUCUGAUCCAUGUGGGAACACUUGAGAUCCAUGUGGGAACACCUCUGAUCCAUGUGGGAACACUUGAGAUCCAUGUGGGAACACCUCUGAUCCAUGUGGGAACACAUGAGAUCCAUGUGGGAACACCUCUGAUCCAUGUGGGAACAUAU